CCUUAAAGGCCCCCCCAGCCGCUCCCCUCAUCGCCCACCUAGCCCUCUCCUCACCUUCUUCCCAGCCCUGCCCCUCCCAGAGCUUCCCUACCUACCUGUUCCAAGCCCCUUAGAGCCCCCGCAGGCCUUCCCCUUGUAGCUUCUUCCGCCCCCCCGCCCUCAGCCUCUCCCCCUCUGCCUCGGUCCCUCCCUGGCCGCUGUUCCCAGGUCUCAUUGGCCCCUCAUCUCCCCAGUAACCAGACCACAACAGUGCGCUCGGAGGCACUGCGGCAGGUAGGUCAGGUACCCCACGGCUCGGAGACACUAAGAGCCUCCUGUGCCCAGCGCCAGGCUCCGAGCUGGGACUAAAGACAUGUGCAUGGCGGGGCGUCCGGGAGGGGUGGAGCGGCCGGAGCUGGUUCUGGAGUCACCCCCUCCCCACUCAGUCCCUCGCUCACCCUCUUUCGGCCCAGCCUACCCGCUGUCUGAAUGGGUGCUGUGUCGGCCCCUGCAGGAGCCCCACCCUCUGUGGCCAAGAUGCCCUUGGGACACUCAGCUGUGAGCACUCGCUCCGAGGAAAGCGAGGCCUUCCUGGAGGGCAUGGUGGACUGGGAGCUGAGCCGCCUGCAGAGACAAUGCAAGGUGAUGGAAGGCGAAAGGCGGGCCUACAGCAAGGAAGUCCACCAGCGCAUCGACAAGCAACUGGGGGAGAUCCGGCGCCUAGAGGAGCUGCGGGCCAACCUCCAGGUGCAGAUCAGCGUCGCCCAGAGCCAAGUCAAGCGGCUACGGGACAGCCAGCGGCUGGAGCGCAUGGGCCACCUACUCAAAUGCCGGGCCCAGGUGCAGGCCGAGGUGGAGGAGUUGCAGAAGCAGACCAGAGCCCUGGACAGGAAAAUCCAGGAGUGGGAGACCCGGCUCCUUACCCAUCAUAAGGGUGUCACGGCCCCAGGAUACAUCCUGGAUCAGAAGGUCAAGAUCCGGCGGCGGAUCAAGAUCCUGGAAGACCAGCUGGACAGGGUCACCUGCCACUUUGACAUCCAGCUGGUGCGGAAUGCGACGCUGCGGGAGGAGCUGGACCUGCUGCGGGUCCAGAGGAACCGCUAUCUGAAUGUGGACCGCAAGCUGCACAAGGAGAUCCAGCAUCUGCGGCAGUCUGUCAACACCCUCAUGGUCUCCUCCACCUCUGCCUACUCGGUUAGGGAGGAAGCAAAGACCAAGAUGAGCUUGCUGCGGGAGAGGGCUGAGAAGGAGGUGAGCCAGAACGAGACAGAGGUGCAGGCUUUGCUGCGGCAGAUUUCGCACCUGGAGCAUCUGCACGCCUUCCUGAAGCUCAAGAACAACGAGCGGCAGCCUGACCCCGCCAUCGUGGAGAAGCGGGCGCAGAGGGCCCGGGAGGUGGAAGAAGGCCUCCGAAAGACCUCCCAGGAGAAGCUGGUGCUGCGGUAUGAGGAUGCCCUGAGGAAACUGUCUCAGCUGACUGGGGAGAGCGACCCCGACACUUUGGUGGAGAAGUACCUGGAGAUUGAGGAACGAAACUUCGCCGAGUUCAACUUCAUCAAUGAGCAGAACUCUGAGCUGGAGCACCUGCGGGAUGAGAUUAAAGAGAUGCAGGAGGCCAUAGCUAGCGCCCGUGCUGGAGAGGAGGCCCAGAGCUCCCUGCGGGAGGAGCAGCGGACGGCGUUGCAGCGGCGUGUGGACGAGGUGCACACGGAGGCCUCGAACCUCGACACCCACUUCCAGGAAUUGCGGCAGCUGCUGGAGAAGCUUAAGGCCGAUCUCCAGCAACUCUUCACCCAGGCCCACUGUGACAGCACUGUCAUCAAUGACCUCCUCGGGAUCAAGACCCAGAUGCAGGACCGGGACAUAGGCCUGUUCCUGGGCCUUAUCGAGAAGCGAGUGGUGGAGCUCCUGACGGUGCAGGCCUUCCUUGACUCCAAGAGCUACACCUCCUCCAGCUUGUUCAACGCUGCUCUCAUGGGGCUGGGCCAGAGUCCAGAUGAUCUUCGGAAGAAGCUGGCCCCGCCUCAGCUCCCCGACAACCUAGAAGACCCCCCAGGUUUUGAGGGCAAAGACAACUAUCCUUUGAGCAAGGAGGAGCUGCUGAGCCAGGUGGUGAAGUCGCUGGAGGCUCGGGAGCAGGCCCGGGAGCAGGCCAGGGAGCAGCACCAGAAGGAGCUGGCUGAGGUGGUGCACAAGGCCGACAGCAGCCCAAAUGGGGGCUUCACAGGCGCCCAGGGGGCCAGCUCAACCACGGUCCUGGUGAGCACGCAGAGCGCCAGCGGCGCCCCUGGCUCCAUCCUGAGCCACAGGACAAACGGCAUCCUGACGUCCAGCGGGGCCCGGGCCACCGGCUCCAACGUCGGCCACGUCACCUUUGGCAUCCCAAGCUCCAGCGGGGGCUACGGAUCCAGCCACGCCACCUAUGGGGACCCCAGCUCCACAGGCUCCAGCGCCGGCCGCGCCACCUUCCAGCCGUUCAGCUCCGAGAGCUACCCGGCCUCCACCGGGUACCAGGAGUCCAGCGGAGGCCAGGAAGGCGCUGGGGGCACUGAGAGUCGAGGCACGGGGUCCGAGUCGAGCGGAGGCCCAGUCUCAAGCAUGGGUCCUGCUUCCAGCACUGGUGCCAGCUCCACUACCAGCAAAGACUACCAGGGCUACUACUAGGGGCCCUGGCCCUGGCUCCUUGCGGGGGCGUCUCUGGGUCUCUGACUCCCUGUCUUUCCCUCCUAGUCCCUCUCUCCAUCCCUCCCCCCUAACUGUGCCCCUGUAUCUGUGUCCCUCUGCCCCUCACCAUCCCCUUAUCUCUGUCUCUGGGGCUCUUCCUCCUUCCCCAGUCCCCUGUUUUGGCUUCCCAUUUAGCACAUCUCUGCCACCUUGUCUCCACAAUCCAUCUCCCAAUCUCUCAGUCUCCCUCUCUGUCCCCCUAACUCCUCUGUUUAUUCUCCCACCUCAUAUCUCUGCAUCCCCAUUUUUCUCUCUCCCUCUCCUUGGCUCCAGCUCCCAGACUCUCCUUGCAGCUCAUGCCCCUGUCUCUGUAGCUCCUCAUUCCUCGUGCCCCCACAUGAAGAUUCUCCCAGUCUUGACCUGGGGAGGGUGGGGGGUAGGAAUCAGGACCAAGAUAUCAGGUCGAGCAGGAGCUGUGACCACAGGAAAUAAAGGGCAGAGCCUGACUUUUCUCCCAGCCUGGUUACAAGUGCUUGUUUGUGAACAGGCAAGCUUGAGACAUGGGAAUUUCUCUACCUCCAGCCCAGGGGGAAGUGUGUUUUCUGCUAGUCAUGCAUUCAUAAAGUCCCUGCGUGGUGCACAUGGUAAAGCACUCAACUGCUAACUGAAAGGUUGGUGAUUUGAGUCCACCCAGAGGUGCCUCAGAAGAAAGGCCUGGCAAUCUACUUCCAGAAAAGAAAAUCAGCCACUGAGAACCCUGUGGAGCGCAGUUCUACUCUGCACAUAUGAGGUCUCCAUGAGUCAGAAUAAACUCAAUGCAACUAACAACAACUAACCUAAAGGUUGGCGAUUUGAACCCACCCGGGGCACCAUGGAGGAAAGGCUUGCUUCCAUAAAGAUCUGCUUCCAUAAAGAUUACAGCCAAGAAAACCCUACAGAGCAGUUCUGCUCUAACAUGGGGUCGCUGUGAAUUGGAAUUUACUCAACAGCAAUUAAAAAAAAAACAUUCAUUCAUAACAUCCCUGGGUGGCGCAAAUGGUUAGGUCAUCUGCUAACUAAAAGGUUGGAAGUUCAAGUCCAACCAGAGGCACCUUGGCAGAAAGGUCUGGUGAUCUGCUUCUGAAAAAAAUCAACCAUUGAAAACUGUAUGGAUCACAGUUCUACUCUGAAACACAUGGGGUCCCUGUGAGUCAAAAUCGACCUGAUGGCAACUGAUACUCAUUCGUUCAUUCAUUUCAUUUUUUGAGACCUCCAUAUUUGGGCUCUACUGGGACUAUUAGUCAGGACAGGCUGGGUCAUGCCGUAGUAACAAACAGUCCCAGAAUCCCAGUGGCCUAAUGCAACAUACGUUUACUUCUCUCCACCGCUACUGGUCCAUUGUGGAUUAGCUAAGAGCCCGGCUCCACACCAUCUUUGUAACCCAGGCUGAUGGGACAGCCACUGCCUGGAGUGUUGCCAGUUUCGUUGCCUGUAAGAAAGAGAAAAUGGCAUGCACGGACUCAAAGCUUCUACCUGCAUGAUACACGUUCCUUCCACUUGGUCCAAAUGAGUCACUUGGCCACAAAGGGGGGUGAGUAGGAAGUGCAAUCUUGCUGUGUGUCUGGAAGGAGAGAGAGAGGAAGGGAUGUUUGUGGACAGCCCUAAUGCCUGCCACAGCGUCACAGAGAUAAAGCAGACCCUGUUCCCAACCUGGAGUCCCUGAGUGGCCCAAACAAUUAAGCGUUCCACUACUAACUGAGGAAGGUUGGCAGUUUGAUCCCACCCUAGAGGUGCCUUGGAAGAAAGGCCUGGUGAUCUGCUUCUGAAAAGUCACAGCCUUAAAAACCCUAUGGAGCACAGUUCUACUCUACACACAUGGGGUCGCCAUGAGUCAGAAUCAACUCAACGGCAUCUGGUUUGGU